CAAGAUGUGGUUACCUGAAGUAAGAAAUCCAAAUGUGCAAGAAUAUUUCAGGACUCAUACUCUUCUUGUAAGGCCUCUCUUCCAUAACAAUAAAAGGGAAGAUAUCAUGGACUAUAAACUCAACAUUACUAUAUAAUUGCUCUGCUUCCUUUUCAACAACAUUCUGAAUGGACUUCAUUUUUCAAACGCAUCUCAGUAUUUGUCCCUAUGAAGAGAGUAACGUCAUUCCCAAAACAUGCCUCUCAUAAUGAGAGAGAGUGAUUGCAAGCGUGCCGCUUCUUUCCAAGAAGAAGGGGAUUGUUGUACUGCGUCAUCAUGUGUCAUUUGACAAAUGAAAGUAUUUGUCUUAUCAAAUGACUGACUCUUACUGAACUUAAAAAAACAAACUGUAAUUGCGCAAUCCUUAAGGGCCAAUUACUUUUCAGGAAUACUGAGCUAAGAUGAAGGACAUGCCACUCAUAAUUCACUUUUUACUUGGCCUAUCAAUCAUUGCACUAGUACACGCUGUGGAUAAAAAAGCAGACUGCCCUCAGUCAUGUACAUGUGAGGUAAGGCCGUGGUUUACUCCAAGAUCUAUAUACAUGGAAGCUUUGACAGUAGACUGCAAUGAUGUAGGGCUCUCUGCCUUUCCAACCAUAUUGCCUACUGACACCCAGGUUCUACUCCUACAGGCAAACAACAUUAAAAACACUGAAUAUGCAUCAGACUUCCCAGUAAACCUUACUGGCUUGGAUUUAUCUCAGAACAGUUUGUCUUCAGUGGCCAAUAUUGAACUUAGGAGGAUGCCCCAUUUGCUUUCAGUGUAUCUUGAGGAAAACAAACUUACAGAGCUGCCUGACAAAUGUCUGUCUGGACUGACCAAUCUCCAAGAACUCUACAUUAACCACAACUUGCUUUCCUCAAUUGCACCAGGAGCUUUCAUGGGCCUUGAUAAUCUUCUUAGACUUCACCUCAAUUCAAAUAGUCUGCAACUGAUCAACAGGAAAUGGUUUGAAGCUAUCCCUAAUCUUGAGGUUCUAAUGAUUGGAGAAAAUCCAAUAAUCAGAAUUGAAGAUAAGAACUUUAAGCCCCUUAUCAAUCUGCGCAGCCUGGUUUUAGCAGGCAUAAAUCUCACAGAAAUACCAGAUAAUGCCUUGGCUGGCCUUGACAAUUUAGAAAGCAUCUCUUUUUAUGACAACAGAUUAGUUAAAGUGCCCCACACGGCUCUUCAGAAGGCUACAAACCUUAAGUUUCUGGAUCUAAACAAGAACCCUAUUAACAGAAUACAAAGAGGGGAUUUUAGCAAUAUGGUACACCUCAAAGAACUGGGAAUUAAUAAUAUGCCUGAACUUAUAUCUAUAGAUAAUCUGGCUGUUGACAAUUUGCCAGAUUUGAGAAAAAUAGAAGCUACAAACAACCCCAGAUUAUCAUACAUCCACCCAAAUGCAUUCUUCCAACUUCCCCGUUUGGAAUCACUCAUGCUCAACAGUAAUGCGCUUAGUGCCCUGUACCGCAGUACAAUUGAGUCUUUGCCUAAUCUCAAGGAAAUCAGCAUACACAGCAACCCAAUCCGAUGUGACUGCGUCAUCCGAUGGAUUAACAUGAAUAAAACUAGCAUUAGAUUCAUGGAGCCAGAGUCAUUAUUUUGUGUGGACCCUCCAGAAUUUCAAGGUCAGAACGUGAGGAAGGUUCAUUUCAGGGAAAUGAUGGAAAUCUGCCUUCCACUGAUAGCUCCAGAAAGUUUCCCCUCAAGCCUGAAUUUAGAAACAGGAAGCUACAUUUCCUUACACUGUAGAGCGACAGCAGAACCAGAACCUGAAGUGUACUGGAUAACUCCAUCAGGACACAAGCUAUUGCCAAACACGGUUUCUGCCAAAUACUAUGUGCAUUCAGAAGGAACACUGGAUAUCAGUGAUAUAACACAUCAAGAAAGUGGCCUAUAUACAUGUAUAGCAACUAAUUUGGUUGGUGCAGAUUUAAAAUCUAUUAUGAUUAAUGUGGAUGGUUCUUCUCCCCAGGAUAACCAUAAAUCUUUGUCUAUUAAAAUAGAAGAUGUGCAAUCUAAUUCUGCACUACUCUCCUGGAAAGCAAAUUCUAAAAUAGUGAAAUCAGCCAUUAGAUGGGCUGCCUUUCCAAAAGAUGGAAACUCUCAGCCUUUUUGGAGCGCUCGUAUCCCAUCACACAUCAAGGUCUAUAAUUUUACACAUCUAACCCCAUCGACGGAAUACACAAUUUGUAUGGACAUCCCCACUGUCCAACUGCGGAACGCGAGGCAAUGCAUCAAUGUCACCACAAAAGGACUGGAUCUGGCAAUGACAAAUUAUAAGAAAAGGAACAUCAUCACAUUUCUGGCCUGCCUUGGGGCUCUUUUGGGAUUCAUAUGCGUGGUAUCUCUCUUCAGCUGCAUCUCUCGUGAAAUGAACUGUGAUGCAGGACACAGCUAUUUAAGGAAUUACCUGAAGAAACAAUCUUUUUCAUUCAUUGAGCUUUAUCCUCCUCUAAUUAGCCUUUGGGAUACUGACAAAGAAAAAAGCACAUCGCUUGAAGUCAAAGCAACAGUAAUAGGUGUUCCGGCUAACAUGUCAUGAAAUAUCAGUGUUGCUGUACUUAAUGUUUAAAAUGACAUGCAUAGGACUACAGUUGUGCUUAACAAAAAGGCAGAAAAAAGCAUUCCUCUAUAAGCGUCACACAGCCUUGGACUCAGCUACUGGAGAAGCUACAAAUGAGGAUAAUUUACUGGUGUGGAUUUUUUUAAAAAAACAAACAAACCCCUGUCUUCAAAGUACUGUGCCAACCAAAUUGUUUUAUAGGACUUUAUAGUGUUACUUCUUAUAAUCUAAGAAGCACUUAAUACUGUCACAGCAGUGAAAGUAGGAGAGAAAAUUUUCUGUAUUUGUUUUUUAUUAUUAUUAAAUGUAGGAAUAGUAGAACUGAGUAAUACCCUCCUCCUCCUGUGUUGUAUGACACACACUAGCCACGAGGUUUUUUUUUUCUUUUGCAGUGACCAGAUGAAACUAGAAUUGAUGCGUGGUGUAAUGAAAUGGAGAAAUUCUGUAGAGUAGACACAGUGACUAUGUGAAACUUUUUU